AUGGGUUUCAUCCAAGGGAGGACCUCCAAGCAGACGAGCAGGGUUAAGACCCUUCUACGGCUCGCCUUGUCCCGUCUUGCCGCUGCCCGCCGUCCCCGCCUCGCUCGCAAGUCGAUUUCCCGCAGCGAUGUUGGACAGCUACUAGCACUCGGACACAUUGAUCGUGCUCUCCACCGUGCAGAGCAGCUCAUAGAGGAGGACAACAUGCUGGAGGCGUUCAACAUAAUAGAGCUACACUGUAAUCGCCUCAUCGAGUGCGCAAAGCAGCUAGACAAGCCCCAUGAAUGCGGUGAUGACAUUCGGGAGGCAGCCGCCGGGAUCAUGUUUGCAGCUAGGAGGUGCGGCGACCUGCCGGAGCUGACGUUUGCACGAACCAUACUGACAACCAAGUUUGGAGGCGAGUUCGCAGAGAUGGCUAAGGAGGGCGCUGGCGUCGUCGACCCCAUGUUGGUAUGGAAGCUAACUGGCAACAAAGGAGACAUGGAGCUCAAGAAAAAGGUGGUGAAAGAGGUUGCUGCUGAGAACAAUGUGCUAGUGGACUUCUCUGAGCUCCAAGAGGUUGAGCAUGGCGGCAGCGGCAACGUUCCGCACCAUCACAAGGUCAGCCAUGAAGGCAUAUACCAAACUGACAUGGAUGGAAGUUCAGAGCCAUCGCACGACGAGGAUCCAUGUGAUACUUCCAACUCUGAUGGAGCAAGCAAUGGGCAUCCGAAACAAGAGAACACGAGAACUUCGGUGCGCACAAGAAGAUGA